AUGAACCACCUCCUCAUCAACGCGGAGAAGACUAAGGAGAUGAACCACCUCCUCAUCAACGCGGGGAAGACCAAGGAGAUGAACCACCACCUCAUCAACGCGGGGAAGACCAAGGAGAUGAACCACCUCCUCAUCAACGCGGGGAAGACCAAGGAGAUGAACCACCUCCUCAUCAACGCGGGGAAGACCAAGGAGAUGAACCAACUCCUCAUCAAUGCGGAGAAGACUAAGGAGAUGAACCACCUCCUCAUCAACGCGGGGAAGACCAAGGAGAUGAACCACCUCCUCAUCAACGUGAGGAAGACCGAGAAGAUGAACCACCUCCUCAUCAACGCGGGGAAGACCAAGGAGAUGAACCACCUCCUCAUCAACGUGAGGAAGACCAAGGAGAUGAACCCCCUCCUCAUCAACGUGAGGAAGACCGAGGAGAUGAACCACCUCCUCAUCAACGUGAGGAAGACCGAGGAGAUGAACCACCUCCUCAUCAACGCGGGGAAGACUAAGGAGAUGAACCACCUCCUCAUCAACGCGGGGAAGACCAAGGAGAUGAACCACCUCCUCAUCAACGUGAGGAAGACCAAGGAGAUGAACCACCUCCUCAUCAACGUGAGGAAGACCAAGGAGAUGAACCACCUCCUCAUCAACGCGGGGAAGACUAAGGAGAUGAACCACCUCCUCAUCAACGCGGGGAAGACCAAGGAGAUGAACCACCUCCUCAUCAACGUGAGGAAGACCAAGGAGAUGAACCACCUCCUCAUCAACGUGAGGAAGACCAAGGAGAUGAACCACCUCCUCAUCAACGUGAGGAAGACCAAGGAGAUGAACCACCUCCUCAUCAACGCGGGGAAGACCAAGGAGAUGGUGGUGGAUUUCCGCAGACAAACCAUGAAGAAACGCAGCCAGUUCAACGCGGUGAAAAAGCAGUUCGUUGAAGCUGGAUCUUUUCGGGGAUUCCAGCUACAACCAUGUAAGAUGCGGAUCUUCCACAACGGGAAGAUAGUCACUUUCCCUACACCAGAAGAAGCUGAGAACUUUCUGCAUAAGUAA